GAUCUAAAAAGAAUAGCUAUGUCUGGGCGUUUUGCGCCAAAACCCUUGGCAACUUUGGCGCUGUUUGUUAUUCUUUUACAAUGUUUAUAUAAUAAACAAGCGAUUGCCAAACCACGUCCAAAACAAUAUCUUGCCAAGGAGCAAUGGACAGGUAAUGUACGAGAAGGGAACGAUAGACACUGGUCGGAUGUAUCAAUCGAAAGGAAUAUAGAUACACGAGAUAAACGAAGUGCUGUCGACAAAGACGACAGUCUAGAGGGCCAGAAAGGAUUCAAAGUUUUAACUGCAAGUAAUGAUAAAAGACAAGGGAUCGAAACUCCUAUUGAGGCUUUAAAAUCUGAGGAUACUUCAGUGGAAAACGCACCUGAGCAAAACUCUAGAUCAAACGUCAACGAACCCAAUGGUGACAGCGGUGGGAUCACGAACGCUGUCCGACAAAAUUCCGAAAAUAAUUCUCAACAAAGAAGCACAACUACUUCAUCUCAAAAUGAAAUAAAACCAAGUGAUUCAGGAAGAAAUAGUGAUAGUAAUAUCGCUGGGGAAAAGCGAGGUGAGGUAACACUUAGUUCAAAGAAACCUGAGGAAUCAAAAACACAAAGCAGUACUGUGGUAGAUAAUUCGGACACUAAGCAGGACAAUGCAGCGAGCUCUGCAACCAACAAUAAUAAUAAUAUUAAAGCUAAAAGCGAUAACAACCAAUCUACAGCUAGUCCAAAACAAAAUGACCCGCCCUCUUCUGUGACCAUACAAGGUAACUCUAUUAAUGGACAACCUAUCAGUUCCAGUUCAUCUAGCUCGAAUCCCGAGCCUAUUAAGGAUCCUAUUGGAAACAGCGGCUCAGAAGUAGUGACAUCACAUCCGCUAUACGAAAAUGAAGGGGAAAAUUCUCGGUAUCCCUACCGAGAUGCUCGUUCGAAGUCCGAAGGAUCAAAAGAAUCUUCAGAACCAGAAGUGGGGCAUUUUCAAGUAGAUGAUAAAUCAGCUGAUUUGGAAAUCAACGCCAAUUCCGCCGGCGUUAAAGUCAAAGCCAAACCAGCUUCGUUGCAGGUUGUGUCCCGUCCAGGGGCUCAUCCACCCACGCCUAUCGUUCCUAUUGGACCGAUACACCCGUAUUAUCAUCACCCUCAUUACUAUCCUUAUCCUUAUGGUGGUUUUAGAAGAAGCAGGAGACCAUAUCACAGGAGACUCUAUGGUAGCCCCUAUCAUGCACACUAUCGAGCAUGGAUCCCGCCUCCUCGCCAUCAUUCCCGACACUACUUCGAUGAUUCCGAAGAUGUUCCGUUUUACCGUCGGGCCUUCGAUAAUCCCUAUGGUUACCAUCAUCGUCGUCAUCACCGCCACCACAGGUAUCACAUACCGGAACUUUACGACCGUUCCGAAGUCGAAGACAUGCCUAGCAUGUAUAACCCGAUAUACCGGAGACGAUUCCGUGGACCGUACCUACGAGGAACGUAUGGCAGACGACGAUUUGGAUUCUACGAAAUGCCCGAGUCAAGGUUUCACAUUCCUCGAAGACCAAGGCAAUUUGUACGACAUGAUAUAGUUACUCCCGUACCUCCCCCGGUAAACGUAUACGGGAAUCCACCCCCAGGGGUUUUGCAGGGUGAGGCUGCUAACAUGUUUGGAAUGAAUGGAAUGAAUGCAUUUAAUGGAAUGCCCAGUGUGGGUGGCUUUGGAAUGGGAGGAUUUGGAAUGAAUGGACCCUUAGUGCCUGGGAUGAACGGACCUGGAUUGAACGGACUCGGGAUGAAUGCACCUGGAAUGCUUGAAAUGAUGGGAAUGAAUGACCAACUUGGUGGCCAGGAACAAUUUAACGGUAUAACUCGUUCUCUAGGACCAAGAAAUGUCUACUCUGAACCAAGAUUUCACGUCAAGAAGGCCGCGAUCCAAGGCACCCAUAAAAAACACCACGUUAAGGCAAAACUUUCACCUAAGAAGAAAACUAAAGCUACUGCUAAAAAGCGAACGAAGAUUCUUAAACACUCCAACCUCCAGAAUUCUACAGUGGCACAUGCCGGAAAUCCCACGAUAAAAAGUAAACAUCGUUCACGUAGAUCAGCCGAAACUGAAUUAAAAAAGAAAACAGUAAAAAAGUUACGUCCUCAGAAGAUUAAAGAACAGAAAGGGAACCGAAAGAAUAAUAUCGUUAUUCACAGACCACCUAUCAUAUAUCACCCGCCGCCGGAGAUUUAUCACCGACCGGAUAUCGUAGUACACCGGGCACCCAUCAUGUUACAUCGACCUUCAAUUAUCUACCAUCAACCUCCCGUAGUUGUACAUCGGCCUGCUAUAAUAUAUCAUCAGCCAUCAAUUGUCUUCCAUCAACCACCGCCCGUGGUCCAUCAACCAAUCAUGCACUCACACGAUACCUAUGUCAGCAGACCUGUAGUACUGCAUUCUAGUUCAUCCGUAUCUCACGCAACAAGCUAUCUAGGAAUACCAAAUCACGUGUUUUCUGGCUACGAUGGUUACCAUGGCGAUGGCGAUUUCCAUGGUGAUUACCAUGAAGGUUUCCAUGGCGACGCUUUUCGGAAGCAUAGCGUCCCGCGCAAUGUUAAAACCGUAAGAGCUGAAAUUCAAGGGAAGAUCUUCAAGAAGAGUGAAACAAGUCAUGAAGAAAACCCUUUAAGACCAAAGCGUGACGUUUACACCAGAUAUCUAGACAAUUUAGACUAUUUGAGUCAGUAUUGGAAACCCAAAGCAAAACGUCAUGUAGAGGAUGAGUUUGACAUCAUUUCAUCCAAGAAAGCUUCCUCCGAGGCGUUGACUUACAAAGAUUUUGAACCAACUCUGCUUAAUAAGCGCAACAAGAUACCGCAUUACAACAAUUUUCUCGAUCAAAUACUUGACGAUAGGACGUCACGCAAGAAGCGUAACUUAGAUGAUGAUGACUCGCGUUAUGAUGAUGGUGUUGUUAAUUUUAUCAAAAAGAAGAAAAAGAAAGAUGUAGUUGUCAACCGCCCGCCAAUCAUUUAUCAUCCUCCGCCGGAGGUCUAUCAUCGUCCUGACAUUGUGGUUCACAGACCACCAUUAGUUAUUCAUCGUCCACCCAUAAUAUACCAUCAGCCACCGGUGAUUGUGCAUCGUCCUGCUGUAGUGUACCAUCAGCCACCCAUCGUGUUCCAUCAGCCCCCGCCAGCUGUAAGUCAGCCUUUGUUGUUCUCACAUGAUUCGUUCACGAUACACCCUUCAUUCUAUGCCACUCAUCACGGAUCGGUUGUCAGGGACUACGGACACUAUAUUGGUAUUCCAAACAUUGUAUCUAAUUAUGGAGCACCACUCUUCCACUCAGGAAUGGGCAAAAGAUCCAAGAUAUCAAAACCCUCAAAAAAUAAACUUAAAUCUUCCAAAAAGUCUUCAUCAGAGAAACCAAUCAAGAAGAGCAAGUUACACCACAAGAAGGCAAGUACAGAGAACCCGCACAAAAAGAACUCAGUAGUUAUUCGCAGACCUCCGAUUAUUUACCAUCCUCCACCAGAGAUAUAUCACCGUCCUGACAUAGUGGUCCACAGAGCUCCUAUCAUGAUCCAUAGGGCACCAAUCGUCUACCAUCAGCCUCCUGUAGUAGUGCACAGGCCUGCUAUAGUAUACCAUCAACCAUCGUUAGUGUUCCAUCAACCACCACCAGCUGUUCAUCAACCGUUGAUUACGUCACACGAUACAUGGGUCACACACUCGGUUCCAGUCCCUAUUUCAAGUCACGUGACUCAUCACACCGCAUACGUUGGUACACCCAAACAUGCUUAUAUGAAUUUCCAUAAUCAAUGGGGCGGCGAUGAUAACCAACAUGCAUACUACAAGUCUGAAGUUCCCAAAAACGUUAAGGGUGCUCAACGGGAUAAUAUAUCCAACACCAAGAAAAACACAGUCAAGAAAAGCUUAAAACACAAGCAUUUAAAGGAAGAAAAAGCCAAAAGAAAGAAUUCUGUGAUGGUGAAGCGACCCCCGAUUAUCUACCAUCCGCCACCCGAGAUCUUCCAUCGACCUGACAUCGUAGUACACCGUCCACCUAUCCUGGUACAUCGUGCGCCUAUAGUUUAUCACCAGCCUCCGGUCAUCGUACAUAGACCUGCCAUCGUCUACCACCAACCUAAUAUUUUCUUCCAUCAACCAAUGCCUAUGGUGCAUCAACCAAUCAUGAAGUCACAUGACACAUGGGUGACUCGCCCUGCUGUCAAACUGUAUGGGUCUACAGUGCAUAAUUUGGGUGCUAUAACACAGUAUCCGCAUGCGUACUACCACGGACACAAUCACCUUCAUUAUAUGGCUUAUGGAAAAUCCAAGGUUCCUAAUAAGGAAGAAAAGCCGGCUGCCCGCGAUGAAAUCAAGCAUGAUAAAGCAUCUGAACAUGACGGAGACGACCUUGAGAGCAGUGGUGAUGAUGAUGAUGAUGAUGAUGAUGAUGAUAUUAAAAUGAUUGAAAGUGGCUCGGGUAGUGCAUACGGGGAACUAGACAUCGAAGUAGUUCCUGAAGACAAUACAAAGUCCAAGCUCCACAAAGCAAAACCAAGAACUGAAUCAGCAUCAAAAAAGGACAAGAUAUCUAAAAUAUCAACAGAAAAGCAACAAGAAACUACCGUAAAUGGAAGUAAGAAGAACUCUGUUGUUAUUCACAGACCGCCUAUAAUUUAUCAUCCCCCUCCGGAGAUUUAUCAUCGGCCCGACAUCGUGGUGCAUCGGGCACCUAUCGUACUUUAUCGUGCACCAAUCAUUUAUCACCAACCUCCUGUUGUUGUACAUCGUCCAGCUAUAGUCUACCAUCAACCAUCUAUCGUAUUCCAUCAACCACCACCAAUGGUUCAUCAGCCAAUCAUGCAUUCUCAUGACAACUAUGUCACGCACUCAGUAGCAGUUCCGGUUGGGAGUCACGUCACUCAUAUGGUGAACUAUCAUGGUGUCCCUCAUGAAGAAAUUUAUAUGGAAGGUAUUGGUCACGGUGCAUUUGCUAAAUCCGUGUUACCGUUACAUAAAGGUCACAAGCGUGACAAAAUCAAAAGCGACAACGUUGCUAAAGCCGAAGAUUCCCAAAGAGCUAUCAAAAGAAGCAGACGAUCCAUAGAAGAAGACGAUCUUCCUUUUGGAGUUGCAGAAAACCACAUUGAUGUUAAUCAGCCAAUCGGAGCGGGAGAACGCAUCAGACGUGCGGUCGAACAGUCCUGGAUAUCCAACUUAGAUUCCAGUAGCAUGCAUGCCAAAGAACUGAAUAAAAGAAACAAGAAAUCGUUAAAGAAAAGAAAGGCGAAUAAGAAGAAAAAGAAAGAUGUUGUCGUAAGCCGUCCUCCAAUUAUUUACCAUCCUCCGCCGGAAGUGUAUCACAGACCUGAAAUCAUUGUACAUCGUGCUCCGAUUCUAAUCCAUAGGCCCCCUAUUGUGUACCAUCAGCCCCCAGUAGUUGUACAUCGCCCUGCAGUCGUUUAUCAUCAACCACCUAUUGUUUUCCAUCAGCCACCACCAUCAGUCAACCAGCCACUGCUGUAUUCACAUGAUCAAUUUAUAUUACAUCCUACAUCCGUAGCACAGCAUAUUAACUCUGUUGUCAAUGAAGGUGGGCACUACAUUGGCAUCCCUCAAGGUGGAGUAGAGAACUACCCAGGACCUUUGCUAGAUCAUCAAUUCGGGCAUAUAAUACCACCUUUAGCAGGAUAUCAUUUUAAAAGAGGUAAAGUGCAAAGACCAAAUGAUAAGGACUCCAAAAAGGACACCAGAUCAAGUGAGGAAGACCAAAACCAAGACGAAGCCAGUGGUGAAAUUUCAGGAGAGGAUGAAAUUCCUUCAAGACAAGUCAAAACGCACAAAUCUAAGCCGUCAAAAGGUGAACGCAAAAACAACGUACUUGUUUACAGACCGCCUAUGAUCUACCAUCCACCUCCUGAAAUCUACGAUCGACCAGACAUUGUCGUCCAUCGUCCAGAUCUUGUUAUUCACAGGCCAUCCGUUGUUUUUCACCAACCAUCAGUGGUAAUUCACAGACCUCCUAUCGUAUAUCGACAACCUCCCGUAGUGUUCCAUCAACCACCGCCUUUAAACCACCAACCAAUUAUCAAAUCACACGACGCGUACGUGGCUCAUCAGUAUUUAGAACCUCACAGUAGUUUCAUACAGCAUGCAGGCUCGUAUGUGGGUGCACCUCAUUUUUAUCCCGGCACUAAUGCUUAUGGCUGGGGUAUGCAGGGAUUCCAUGGCCCACUUGGUGCUGGUCCGGGGUUCGGCCUACCAUUUGGUCCUGCUUUUGGUAGAUCAGUGGUGCAAAAAGCUUCCAAGAAGAAUUCCAAAGAACACAAAAAGAAGAAGGCGCAUGAAGAAAAUGCCAGCAAAAAGUCAAAACACGGAAAGAUUCGUCAUAAGAGAUCAAACAAGCAUCAUCAUCAUCAUCAUCAUCGGCAUCAUAAAGACCUGAAACGUCAUGCUUAUCACGGUUUAGACCCUGCAUAUACACUAAUGGAACAGCAUGAGUCGUUUAUAACCGAUCCCUUAUCACAAAUCUACCUUGGUGAAAACACCCCUGCAGUUGGUGAGCCCGCGUACACCAAGUCAAGAGUGGCUGCCAAGGGAAAGAGCAAAAGAAGUAUCAAACAAAAUGCUAAAAGAAAAGCUGUAAAGAAACAAAAGAAAGGUGAAAGAAAAAAUAUGAUUGUAGUUCACCGUCCACCGAUGAUCUAUCACCCACCUCCUGAGAUCUAUGACCGUCCUGACGUUGUGGUUCAUCGUCCAGAUUUAGUCAUCCAUAGACCAUCAAUCGUAUACCACCAACCAUCAGUUGUACUCCACAGACCUCCAGUAAUAUAUCACGAACCACCGGUUGUUUUUCAUCAGCCAGCACCCAUGGUACAUCACCCUAUAAUACACUCUCAUGAUACCUAUGUUGGACAUCCGUUUUACGAGCCAUAUGCGUCUCAUGUUGAGCACGCAGGGAGCUAUGUUGGUGCACCUCACUUCUUCUUUGGACCUGGCUUUGGACCCGGCUUUGGUCCUGCAUUUGGCAAAUCAAAGAUUGAAAAGAUCAACAAACCUCAAAAGAAAUCAAAAAAUAAAAGUCGGCGUUCAACAGAAACCCAGAAAAAAUCAUCUAAAACUGGUAGCAAGAAAAACAUGGUUCUUAUACAUCGACCUCCUAUGAUAUAUCAUCCCCCUCCAGAAAUCUAUGACCAACCGGAUGUCGUGGUCCAUCGUCCAGACUUGGUAAUCCAUCGACCAUCCAUUGUGUAUCAUCAACCGUCAGUGGUUAUUCAUAGACCUCCUGUAAUAUACCAACAACCUCCAGUUGUAUUUCAUCAGCCUCCACCAUUAAACACUCAGCCAGUACUACAUGCGCAUGACUCUUAUGUUGCCCACACAUAUCACGAACCUAUUGCUUCUAGUAUACAACAUGCUGGAACAUAUGUUGGGUCGCCACACUAUUACCCUGGUGGCUUGGGAGUCGCUCCACAUGCUUGGGGUCCUGCAUUCGGUAAAUCAAAAGUCCCAAAGGCUAAGAGCAAAGGAAAGAAAGUCAAACGAUCAACAGUGACAAAAAAUAUAUCGAAUAAAGAACACGCAGGCUUCAGGAAAUCAAGCGGAAAAGGUGAUAAGAAGAAUAUUGUAAUUGCACACCGUCCACCCAUGAUUUAUCACCCGCCGCCUGAGAUUUAUCACCGCCCGGAUUUAGUAGUGCACAGACCUGACAUAGUCAUCCAUAGACCGUCCGUCGUUUACCAUCAGCCAUCAGUUGUACUCCACAGACCUCCAGUAAUAUAUCACGAACCACCUGUUGUCUUUCAUCAGCCAGCACCCAUGGUACAUCACCCUAUAAUACACUCUCAUGAUACCUAUGUUGGACAUCCGUUUUACGAGCCAUAUGCGUCUCAUGUUGAGCACGCAGGGAGCUAUGUUGGUGCACCUCACUUUUUUGGCGGAGGAUUUGGGUAUGGAUAUGGUGGCUUUGGGACCGGCUUUGGACCUGCAUUCGUAAAAUCAAAAGUUACCAAAAGUCCUAAAAAAUUGAGUAAUGUAAAGAAAAACGCAAAACCUGCCAAGCAACGGUCGAGGCGAGAUCUCGAAGACAAAAGUAAAAAGAUCGAGAAGAAAACUAAGACCUCAAAAUCAUCUAAGGGUGAGGCACCUGGACAUAAGAAAAAUCUGGUCAUAAUGAGGCGACCUCCCGUCAUAUAUCAUCCACCACCGGAAGUAUACCACCGUCCUGAUGUAAUACUCCAUAGACCAGACAUCGUUAUCCACAGACCAUCCGUGGUAUUCCAUCAAUCUGCAGUUGUUGUCCAUCGUCCACCAGUGGUGUACCAUCAGCCACCCAUCGUGUUCCAUCAGCCAACUCCAAUGGUACACCAACCAAUCCUGCACUCUCAUGAAACCUAUCUUCCUCACCAUUAUUAUGAACCAGCUGGGGCACAUGUUACUCAUGCUGGAACGUAUGUUGGUGCUCCACACUUCUACCAUGGAGGAUGGGGUUGGGGUUAUGGAUAUCAUGCUGGGCACGCCUUUGGAAAAUCUAAGGUUGAGGAUACUGCCAAUGGAAAAACUGCUAAGAAAACAAAAUCUUCUAAAAAGACAAACAAAAAAGACAAAAAUGAGAAUGAAAAUGAUGACGAAGAGGACGAUGACGAUGAUGACGAUGAUGACGAUGACAAUGAAAAUGAAAGCAAAACAAAAUCGAAAGUUAAAAAUAGGCGAAGCUUAAGUACCAAGAGUCAUAAAAAUGGACACAAAAAGAAUAUAGUGAUAAUGCGUCGGCCUCCAGUUGUCUACCAUCCACCUCCAGAGAUCUAUCAUCGCCCAGACGUCGUUCUCCAUAGACCAGACAUAGUCAUUCAUAGACCAUCUGUAGUAUUCCAUCAGUCUCCUGUUGUCCUUCAUCGACCAUCUGUGGUGUAUCAUCAGCCUCCAAUAGUAUUCCAUCAACCAACACCAAUGGUACAUCAGCCUAUAGUUCACACCCAUGAUACGUAUCUAGCUCAUCAUUUUUACGAACCUUUCCAUGCUCAUGUGGUCCAUGGGGGUACAUAUGUUGGUGCACCGCAUUUCUUCGGAGGCGGAUGGGGCUGGGGCUAUGGACAUGGACAUGGGCAUGCCUUUGGGAAAUCCAAGGUUGAAAAGACAAAGAAAUCUCAUCACAACAAAACAAAGAGAGACACUACUGAAGACAAGAAAAAGAAACACUCAAUAUUUCAAAUGUUUCACAAGGUUCUUCAGAGGAGGUCUGUGAAAGGAUCAAAGAAGAAUCUCCAUGGCCAUCCCUCUAAAGAUUCUAAAAAUACAGUUAAAGGCGCAAAGAAAAACCUGGUUCUCAUUCAGCGACCCCCAAUGAUAUACCACCCACCACCAGAAAUAUAUGACCGGCCAAAUAUUGUUGUCCACAGACCAGAUCUAGUGUACCACCAGCCCUCUAUAGUCUACCACCAAUCAUCUGUUGUCGUCCAUCGUGCCCCUGUAAUUUAUCACCCACCGCCAGUUGUUUUCCAUCAACCGCCACCUCUGGUGCAUCAGAAUGUUCUACAUUCUCAUGACAGUUAUAUUGCGCAUAGAUUUUAUGAGCCAUUUGCGUCUCAUAUUCAACAUGGUCAAACCUAUGUUGGUGCUCCGCACUUCUUUGGCGGUGGAUGGGGAUAUGGAUAUGGGCUUGGACCCAUGAUGCACCCAAGUGGACCAUGGAAUGGUUUUGGGCCAGGAGCAGGAAUGUUUCAUGGUCCAUUUACAUAUAAUGGACCCGGAUUCCAUGGUCCCGUGCCAUUUAAUGCAAAUGGGAUUGCAGGUGCUCAAGGUUAUACACCACAAGCUGUAGGUCCUUUUGGACCAGCGUUUGCUAAAUCGGACGUGGAAAGAGCUCCUAAGGGAAAAGUAACAAAGAAGGUUCACAAAGCUGUUGCUAGUAAAGGCGCCAAACGUACCCGCAAAUCUCGUAGUUUGUCAUCAAAAAACAAAUAUUCAAAUCGUGUCAAAUCUCAUAGCCGUCAUCACAAGGGACUUAAAAAGAAUGUAGUAGUGAUGAAUAGAGCUCCUAUCAUGUUCCAUCCCCCACCCGAGGUCUAUCACCGACCGGAUGUAGUUAUUCAUCGACCGAAUGUAGUGAUCCACAGACCACCUAUAGUGGUUCAUCAAGCUCCUGUAGUUGUGCAUAAGCCUGCCGUGUUGUAUCAUCAAUCUCCAGUAGUGCUUCACCAGCCUCCCCCAUUUGUGCACCAACCAGUUCUGUACUUUCAUGAUACAUAUGUCCCGCACACGAACUACGAGCCUUUUGCUAGUGACGUGACGCAUGCAGGUACCUAUGUUGGGGCGCCUCAUGGUUUUGAUGGAGGCUGGGGAUACGGCUAUGGACAUGUAGUUGCUGGAUAUGGGAAAUCGAAAGUAGAGAAAACCAAGUCUUCCAAGAAUAAAAAAGCUCACAAGGGAACAAAAAAUAGUAAAACAGGAAGACAGGAAAACGCUUCAAAAAAGGUUAACAUUUUACACCCUGAAGUUGAAAAGGACGUCAAGGCGGACAAGAAAAAUGACAUCGUAGUGAACCGUCCUCCCAUCAUCUAUCAUCCUCCGCCCGAAGUAUACCACAGACCUGACAUUGUUGUACACCGUGCUCCUAUCGUCGUUCACAGACCUCCAAUUAUCUACCACCAACCCCCAGUCGUAGUCCACAGACCUGCUGUCGUGUAUCAUCAACCUUCUAUUGUAUUCCAUCAGCCUCCACCAGCCGUUCAUCAACCAAUCAUACACUCGCAUGACACGUUUGUCGUUCAUCAUAGCGCGAUGUACGAGCCCCGUGGUUCGACUGUAUCCCACCAGACAAGUUAUAUUGGAAUACCAUCACAUGUUGAACACUUUGACGAUGGUUAUGAUUAUCAUGGUGGUCAUGAAGGUUACCAGGAUGAUUACCUAGGUUACCAUGGUGAGUUCCAUGGUGGCUAUCACGGUGGUUACCACGGCUACCGCAUGCUCCACAGAUCAAAUAUCGAGCAUGCCAAAAAGUCCGACAAAGAAACUGAAUUUACCAGUAAAGAUUCAACUUCUACAAAGUCGACAAUAACUAAGACAGAAACGCCAAUCAAAAAGGAAAACACGCAUACAGUCAUCACAGACGAAGAUCAGCGUAGCAAAACAAUCACUAAAAGACAGCUUUUAGGCUCUCAUUCUCUGUUUCUGCCCGUGUCUCCAUUAAAUAUUGCUCAUCCAAAAGGCCCUAUUGUAGAACGUCUGCAGAAAAUGUCUACCAUACCGGGUGUACCGAGUACUGAUUAUGAACACUAUGUUGCUAAAAGAGACCUGGAUUCCCAAUCCCAAAAGAAGAAGAGACAGUUGUUGAUUAAUCCUGGGGCUCAAGCUCCCAUGAACUACGCGAAUCCCAAUGCCUUAGCACUUCAAAGGUCUAUUCAGCCAUAUGGACAUGCAGCUGCUCCAAUGAUAGCAUCUCCUUCAGCUAUAUAUCCAAGACUACCAUUUUUUCAGCCCCUGCAACAAGCUCCUUUAUUUCCUGGUUACCCAGCGGUCAAGCCUCCAGGGGUCAAUGUUCAUGUUGAAACAGAGAGAUCUACUAUUCCUGAUAAAAAGAAAAAGAAAGGGAGCCGUCAUAGACGUCAAGUCCUUCCCAUGAUGCAACCUGAUAUGUUCGGCGCUGCGACCCAUCUUUUUUACAAUCAAGCGCCAGUUGCACCAGUCCUUCACGAGGCGCCUCCACAGUUACCCCAACAGAUACUCCCACAGUACCUUGGUUAUCAUCCAAUGAUGUUACCUUCGUAUCCUUUGAUGAACUUUCCACCACAACAACGACCACACGUCAAUAUUAAUGUUCAAUCCAUGCGAUCCAGUAUUCCAAAAUCCAAAAGAAAAAAGAAGAGCGUGACUAAGAGGCGAAGCAAGCGACAACUACUACCACAAAUGAUAAACCCUUAUGCUUUAGCACUCAACUAUCUUGCUCGUGGUUAUGGAGCUUAUAACCCCUAUUGGAAUAUGAACCCCUUGUUCUUCCGUCGAAAUCAGGAAAACGAAAAUAUGAAGAUGGAAGAUGAAGACGAAAGCGACCCUGAAUCUCAAAACACAGAACUAAUAAAACAGUACUUAACCAAUCUUUACGAGUACUACACAGGUGAAACCUUCAAUCACAAGCGUCCAAAAGUCGAUGUUGAAGUUCAUGCUUCGAAAUCCAACAUUCCUGGGUCAUCGCCUCGUGACAUAAUCGUACGAAGCAAGAGACAGAUGUUGAAUUAUCUUCCUCAGUCACCCCUUACAACUGGACGAUAUGAUAUACCGAUAUCUGGGCCUCUGUCUUCUUUUUUACCCCUAAAGAGAAGUAAAGUUAGUAAACCCAAACGAUCCACGAAAAAUGGUGCUGAUAAAAAGAUGAAAAGGAAAGAAAUUAAAGGAAGCAACAGCAAACGGGACGAAUUCGCACCUCAAUCUGUAGGAGUUAGAAACGAACAAUCUAACUUGAUUCAAAUGAAUCCUGAUAAUCCGGAUGCUUCGCUAUUUGAAAAUGGACAGAGCAAUCAGUUUUCUACGGUUAAUGGUGGUGCUGAGGGAUUAAAUGAGAUUGGUCCAGGAGGACUCAACGGAGCAAUAGCCGAACAACAAGAUCAGCAAUCCCCAAGCAAGGCGUUUUUUCAAGGGAACACUCCUCAAGAACCGCAGAAUCAAGAAGGACUGCAACAAGAAUUCAUGCAGGAAAAGCAACAAGAUCUUCCAGUCGCAAGUUUACAACCUAACAAUGUAGAACAGGUUCCUAACUUUGCUCAAUUUCAAGAGAUGCAAGGACAGAACAGAAUGGAAAUGCCGGUGAAUGAAGAACAAAUGCUUCGCCUUCGAGGACAAGUACCAUUCUUCCCUCCUGGCCCACAAAUACCACUAGAACGGGAACCACUGUUGGCACCAGGGCCUUCAAGACCCUUUUUCUUUACACCACCUGUGGUAGCUCCACAUCCAGUACCUUUGCUGAGACCUUUUGCACCUUUGCCAUUCGUUCCGUUUCCAGCACAGCAAAUACCGCUGACUUUCCCCCAGCAGUCUCCAAUGGCAUCUUUCUUCCCAGAACAACCACCACAACAACAAGGAACCAUUAAUGUAAAUGUGAAUACUGCAAAAUCCAAACUCCCGAGGGUAAAGGUUCAGAAGAAAAAGACUGAAGAGCCAAGCAACACUGAAAAACAAGUAGUGCCAGGUGAAAAUAUACUCAAAAAUGGAGACAAGCGUCAAAAGAUUUCACUUUUUGAAAGAGUACCAGCCAUGCAAGUGUUGCCUCAACGAUUUCUUCAGAAUGGGGUAGCAGUGCCUUCAUUUGCCGGCAGCGAACCGCGAAAAGAAAGUCAAAUUCAUGGCGUAAACGGUAUGAUCAUCAAUGAACUUCAAAUGCAGAGGAAGCAUGCUAUUCCAAGCAAGGUCAACAUCAAAAACAUACAAUCUGGCACCAAGAAGUCAGGCGUCUCGUCCAAUGAUGCUGAAAAAAGCAAAAAAACUGAUGUCAAAACAAAGAAAGUUAAAAGGCAAAUCUACGGUAUGAACGAAUUGCCGCAAGAGAUAAAGUUUCCAAAAGACCAAAACAAUUCCAAGGAAUAUAAAAUAACAGAGGAUAAAGAACAAGGCAAGAAAGAUCAAAAACGAUACAUUCAAAUUGUAAAAAGAGCUUUGAAUGGAAAGACUAGUGGUAGUUCUAAAACUUCAUCUAAGAUGCCCGAGAAAGCCGUUGAAAUGCCAAAGAAAAAGUCGUCGCUUUCAAAGAUGAAAAAUUUGGUGCCUCGUAAGCGACAGUUUGUAAUGCCUUUUGCUGUCGAAAGAGCACAAGCUGGGAUUCCAAGCUUGGGGUUAAUUACAGAACAAGGAGCUCAAGAACAAGUUCCUCGGGUUAUAAACCAGUAUCAACAAGGUCCUGAACAGGUUGUUUCACAGCAACAGACUCAAGUUAUUCAAGACCCAGAAGCUGCUUAUGUUGAGCCCCAGCAACAUGUCACCCAGAUUGAAGAACCACUGAAUCACGUUCAGUCCGAAGCCAAUGAAUUCAACCAAGCAAGUGAAGCAGGUGUAGCCUAUCUUGGUCAUCGGCCAAAAGUCCACGUAAGCGUUCAAGUAGCCAAGUCCUCCAUUGGCAAAGGUUCAGCAAAGAUAACGUCACAAGACAAGAAAGCAGCAAGCAGCAAAAAGGAUAAAACUAUUACGAAGAGGCAGUUGUUCGGAACUGUGCCACUGUUCAGUCCAUUAGGUCGAGCAGACGUUAACAACAUUGUCAAAGCAUAUGAUGGCCGAUCCAGUGUUCCUGAUUCCCAGGCCGUCGCCAACCAAAAGCAGGUUCCUGCCCGGUCCCGAAGAUCUCUGACAAACCAAAUGCAUGAACGACAACACAAUUCAAAAUCAACGAAUAGAAAACAAAAAAGACAAUUAGGAGACCUGAUCAACAAUAUUCUAGAGAGGCGCCGUGGACCAAAGCUGCUAGGUGAUCUGCUGAAGAGACCCAAAAACCCGCCCGUUAUGUUUUCAACCGGCAAUGCUAAUAACAAUGGUGAGAAACCGAUCGAUGUGUUUCCCGGGAAUGCAGGAGGUAACCAGAAUCCUGGAGAAGGACAGCCAAGCCUUAAUGAUGGUGGAGUAGACAACCCUUUUGCAGCGAAUUUACCUCCACCCCCUCCACCAUUGCAAACCAAUCAGAACACAUUGUUGAACAAUCCAGCUAUUCCCGGAAACCAAGCCAUGUUCCAAGACGAUCAGUCAGCUAUUACGGCCGCACAGGCAGCCCAGCAACCACCACCACUUCCGUUGCUAAGGCAGCAAGAACCCGACACUAGACAAAAUGUGUUACAGUUUCUUCAAAAUGCUGGCCUUCCAAACCCUUUGAUUCAACAACGAUUGAAUCUCCAACCUGAAAGGGGUCCUGCACCAUUUCUGCCGCCAAUGCUUCCCAUGGGAAUACCACCUCCAAUGAUGCCUCAAGCUCCGAUGAAUGAUGCUGCAGCUCCAGGUGAAGGAAGGUCACAAACACCUUUCGUCCAAUCACCUUCUGGAUUUGACCUUGCACCCCAAGGCGGUCCUCCAGUAGGACCAUUUGGAAUGGGGGCACCCUCAGUGUUUCCCAUAAUGCCUUUUUAUUCCGCCCAAACACCGUUUUCGCCAUACCCAUCAGUACCACCGGAGAUGGAAACAAACCCUGGGGUCCCCGGUUGGCCUGUUAACCAUUUAAUUGACAACUUUAACGAUCAACGGCCGUCAGUGAACGUUAAUGUCCAAACGUCAAAGUCUAAAAUUCCAAAAACAGACAAGACCUUGAAUAGACACAUAAAGAACGCCCCUUAGAGGAAUAAAUUUUUUUUACCAUAAUCUUCACCAAGCUACCAAUAAAAUGACUGGACACUAACAUUUUUACAAGUGUCAACACCAUAUAAGGAAAAGCAGCAUGUCACGUGACCAGCCAAGAAGGCAAUCCAUUAGGAAGCACUCUGCGAUAGUUCGUGGUGAAUCGUUUAAUGGCAUCCAAAGAAAAAUUGCACAAUGCUCAUUUGCUCAUUUUGUGCCAGUUAGAAAAUAUUGAAAAUUAAUUAGAAAUCAGCAGGUUAUAAUAAGUAGUCCUUUGGGGCUUCUUUUGCAUUUGACGUCAUUGCCGCCAUCUUUGCUGAGAUAAAAACCUAUUUUUUCCUUGAAACAUAAAUUAAAUCAUCCAAAAUGGCUGCAGAACAUUAUAUUUGCUCAAUUCCUUUACGAAUGUUCAAUGCAAUAAUGUGAGUUUACUUGUUUAUACCUAGUAAUGUAUAAAACAAUGAGUAUCGAUGAAAUAUCAGCUUAGUUGGAACAAAUUAGAUUAGGAAAAAAGAGGAAAGGACAAAUAUUGACAUAUCCAAAACAAACUUUUUCCUUUUGCUAAACGUUCAAAAAACGUCACAACACAAAUGUUCAUAUAAAAUUAUAAUUAGAUUCAUUUAGGAAUAACGUGUUUAGGUAGUAUGACGUGGCGGUCUCUCAUUGGUCCCUUACCGUCCAAUACAUAAUUAUAUAUCAAGUCGAUUAGUAAUUUGAUGAAAUUCAUAGUUUUAUGUUGAUAUUGAAAGUGAGUGAAGAGAUUUUCUAUCAAUAUGAAUACAAUCAUUAUAUGCCAAGCGUUAUAAUAAAAGACAAGAUUUUAUUUAUA